CGCAAAAAUUCUGUGACCAAAACGGAAGUUUUUCCCGAGGCUUUAUUUCCCUAAACAGCAAGUGCAUCCGACCGUGAUAUACAACUCGGCUCGGCCUUCGGGGCAAAGACACAGACAGCUAUGGGCGCUUCUUGGAUAUGGAUUCAGGGAACUCAAAGGAAAAGAAGCCAGUCCCGAAGUUCGCGAGCUUCCGACCAACUGCGGCGACCGCAGAUGUCAGCUCUGAACAUGGAAGGGGAACAGUUUCCAGCAGACAUGAACGGUCUAGACAUGAGUCUAGACAUUCACGACGUAGAGAUCAUUCUCGUUCGCGGAAGGAUGUACCAGAUCACUGUCGUGGGCAGCAUCCUAGGGAUAGCAACACGGUUUACUCCUCCAAAAUAGAGCGGCGUGAACGCACCCAGCAAUGGCCAAAUAAACGCGACGAGCAGGAAUUAUUCAUAAUAGAUAGACAGGGUGAUAAAUACAAUGUGGAAUACGGCAGUAUAAAUCGUUACAGUGUUCCACAAUAUUUCCGCUCGGGGUCAGGGAGUGUUAUUGGAUUGCCACCAGGUUACAGGAUUGAUCGCGACAAUGAGGAUGGAAAUACCGUGAUAAUCAGACACAGUACGGCUGUUUAUGAUAGUCCAAAGCAACAAUAUAGAGAAUUCCUUCGAAAGAAGCCAAAACGAGAGGCGAAAUUUCGAGUCAGGCCAGACUCGGAGCAUACCUCGUCUAUUGACGCUCAGAGAGAUUUCUUGCCAUUAACUUCCGAUGUGUCUAGCAAACGUAGGAGGAGACUUCGCGGGGAUAUGCACCCCAGGGGAUCAUCACCCGAGGACAAUGGUACUGACUACAGAUCAAUCGAAGGCAAAGUUAAACCAUCCAAGGAACCUCCCGAGGGCUUGGAAGCUGUUUCAGACUCAGAUUUAGUUUCUGAUGAUGAAAAUGCCCGCCGUCGCAAUGCCGAUUUAUCCAGAAGAGUCACAGAACACCCGGAUGACGUUGAAGGCUGGCUGCAGCUCAUUGAACACCAGAACUCGUUGGUUGGAGUUGCUACUAGUGACGGGCUGCGCAGACUUACUACGGCAGAGAAAAGGAGCGUUGCUGAUAUUAAAAUAUCAAUAUACGAGAAAGCAUUGAAUAAAUUGCCACGGGAAGCUCGUCGAGAUCGUCUCCUUCUUGGUAUGAUGGAGGAAGCGGCAACGUUAUAUGACACCAAAACGCUCUCGAACAAGUGGAAGACCAUUCUACAAGCGAACCCGGAUUACAUGAACCUUUGGAUUAAAUAUUUGGACUUUCAGCAAACCCGUUUUGUUAAUUUUACCUACGAGCAAUGCCGGUCGAUUUUCAUCGACUGUUUGAAGAUCAAUGGAUUGCGCAAAGGCGGCACAGAGCUCAACAUCAUCAACGUUUAUCUUAUCCUGCGACUAAGUCGCUUUAUGCGAGAGGCGGGAUAUGUGGAGCAUGCUGUCGGUCUAUGGCAAGCAGUUUUGGAAUUUAAUUUCUUCCAUCCCACAUCAUUUGAUAUAUCAAAAGACCCCGCGACUGCGAUACCUGCCUUUUGUGAAUUUUGGGACAGUGAGAUACCGAGAAUAGGUGAAAUUGGGGCAAAAGGCUGGGACAGUGGGGCCAGUGCAGCUCCUGAUCCCAAGUCAGACCCUACUAGCCGGGAAAUAGAUCAAAGGUCGAUAUUUGAAUCCUGGGAGCAAUCUGAACGAUGGAAAAUUCGCCAUUCGCGCCUGCCGGCUCGCUCCUUGGACGAUGUUCAAGAAGACGACCCAUACCGAGUGAUAUUGUCCUCGGAUAUCAGUGAUUUUCUUAUUCCAUUCUCCCAUACACCCGAUUUACUGAUCGGUGCUUUCAUGAUGUUCUGUGGACUCCCUCCUCUAGCAACAUCUAGGAAAUCAGGCAUUCUCACCGAAUGGCGCAGAGAUCCAUUUAUUCGUAACAAUUUGCUAGAUGAUUUCGAUGAUCAAUCGUCGAGGUGGUUCUCGGAUAUGGUCCAUGGCGGACAAGAUACUGUGCAAGACCAACUAAACGCAUUUCCCCUCCCCACCUUUUUAAACAAUUCGGACACAUUGUUUGGCAAUGAAGCCUGGUUUUCAGAACUUCGAACCUGGCAGAGCACGUAUUUGAAUGAUCACAGCCCUCUUGACGGGGAAUGGGUUAAGAGAACACUGCGACACUUGGUGAAUCGUUUGCCUGAGCAAGAUGAUCUUGCAGAGUUUACUGUUGCCCUUGAAUUCCUUUCCAGUGCUGAGGAGGCAAAAAAAUAUGCGAAGAAUCUUCUGAAGAAACGUUCCGCGAACCUGCGGCUAUAUAAUGCCUACGCUCUGAUUGAAUGUCGCGGUGGUCAGAUAACGGCAGCGGAGCAUGUUUGGACCACAGCCUUAUCGAUGAGCGACAGUUUCAAGGAAGAGGAUAAAGUAGGCAGCAUACUCUUAUGGCGAACUUGGCUGUGGGAGAUUCUCGCCGACCAUAACAACGACAAAGCGCUUCGAUUGUUACUUGCAGUUUUUAGCGGCACUAUAGAUCCACGCGCCUUUGCCGAUGACGUGAAAUCCACCACAGAUAUUAAGCCUGGUGGAUUACUCAAGACUCAAAGGAUCCUCACUGAAAUUCGGGAGCAUGGUCUCACCUCUCGCAAACCUAACGUGUUUGUCAGUGCCGUAGAGUGCCUCGCAUUGUUGCUCUAUUUGGCUACGAGACUCGACAUUGACGCUGCUAUGAACGUUUACGGCACCAGUCAUUCCCGGCUCGUUGAACAUCGGCUAGAAAACACGGAAUUCGGAGAACUGCUCCUCCAGGCGAAAGCGAAGCUUUUGUAUCACCAUGCAACUUCAACCAAGAUAUACAAGCCCGCUCUCCUUCGCUCGGAGCUAACAGAUAGUAUUUCCCGCUUUCCGCAAAACACCUUAUUCCUCAGCCUCUUUACUUGGAACGAAUCUCGCUUCCGGAUCGAAGACCGCGUCCGCUCCCUGCUGCGCCAACAUACCCACCCAACAACAUGGAUUGGUGACGACGACGACAAGAAUUCAACAACGAGAUUUUCGACAAAAUCGACACUAAUCUCUCAUCUCUUUUCUAUAUACACCGAACUCCAUCGAGGUGUCUCAGCGGGGUCGACUGUCCAUUCCGCCCGUGCUGCUUUUGAAUCAGCCGUCACCACUCCUUCCGGACAAUUCAGCGCAUCCACCUGGAAACUCUACCUACUUUUCGAACUUGCGCUGUCAGAGUGGGGUCGUGCACGAGCGGUCCUAUACCGUGGGAUACGUUCUUGUCCGUGGGCGAAGGAGUUGGUGAUGCUUGCGUUCCGGGAGCGGGGACUACGAGAGGUAAUGGGACCGGACGAGCUGAGGAAAGUGUGGAAUGUGCUUGUUGAGAAGGAGUUGAGGAUUCAUGUAGAUUUGGAAGGUUGGUUUGAAGACAGGGGCCAAGGGGGGGCCGGAACUACUGACACUAGGGGUCUCCCUCUUCAUAUGCCUGAAGAUGCGAGUAGUGGUGAUGAUGAACUAGCAUGAUAUGGAGAAGGCAUUGCGGUAGGUGGAGGGUGACAUAAACGGUAUUCUACUUUUGAGGGGCAUCCGCUUUGCAUAUGUCUGGACUGAUACUCCUUCUGAGAAUGUGUAUAUAACUUUAUAGCAAAACAAGGCCUUGUAUGUUAUUUUGUAAACACCCUACUGAGAAUUGUCCUCCAUACAUUCACGACGCCAUCAAGAAGCAAGGUCACCAAGCGGACUGCACAACAUAUAUGAAAAAUAAAAAUAAAAAUAGAGCCAAAACACCAAGAACCCCUAUUUCCAAAUGAAUGAGCACAGAAUCACACCCGCAAUCAUCAAUCCCCCUCAUCACCUUCAUCUACAGCCGUCACCUUCGGAAUCCCUUCUUUCUCCCUCUCACCCCUCCUCCUCUUCACCCACUCACCCAGCUCAUCCCACACGGCCUGCUUCUCCGCCAUGGUCAUCCCAGCCGCCAACCCACUCGUGGUCGUAGCUACAAACACCCUAGCUCCCUUCCACCCCUUCGUCUUCCCCAUCCUCUCCCCCUCAUCCUGCCAUCCGUACCUAAACUCCUCCUUCUUAAUCGCCCUCCCCCUCCGAACCCUCCACACCGCCUCCCAAAUGCCCUUGCCAACAAGACAAACAGCCUCUGGCCUCUUCUCUCUCACUUUCCUCUCCAGCACCGGUACUCCGUCAUCCAUCUCUUUCCUCGAUAGUUGGCUAGCAUCCUUCGUGGGUCUGGCAACGAUGUUCGUGUUGCCGACGCUAUACAGCUCCGGUAGCCGGUAGGUAUCGGAGGGAGGGUGGCGGUAAUCGGUUAUGCCAGAGGAAUAGAGGAGUUUCCAGUAGAGGUUGGAAGGGUGGGCGUAGACAUGGCCUGUUUGCCCGGUCAUGAUGCCUGGGUUAACGCCUAUGAAGAGGAGGACGAGGUUGUGUGGAAUGGUGUCGCGGAGGUUGCAUACUGGAGAUACGGGGGACCUGAGGUUAGGAGUUGAUACGAAGGGAGCUCUGCUAGCAGCGAUUGUGGUGGUGCUGGUAUUGGGUGUUUGGCGGCCGGAGGUUCUACGGGAUGGUGAGGAGGGUUCAGAUCGACUUUUCUUUUGCGGCGACGGCGAGAGCAGGCCUGCGGAAGCGCGGGCAUCCACCUCCACCUCAUCGUCGUUGGAGAACGUUCGCUUCAACGUGCGCCCUGCCCCUAAGCUCUGUGUCUGCUGCACGAAGAGGGCUUUCUUGGGCGGAGAGUCAUAGAUGAAGCGAUCCAGGUUCCCCUUAAAUGAAGGCGAAGGGGGUAUGCUGUCGCCAUCGGGCCUGUUGUCGUCGUUAAUGGACGGCAUUGUGCUGUCCAUCUGUGAUAUCUAUCUGUACUGCCUAUCAGUCCUCUCGUCUGAUGAAUAAUGAACAAGGAGUCGGUUCAGUUCAAACUUUGCUUUUAAGUUUGUUUAAUUACGUGAUGAAUCGAUUAUUUAGUUGACUGAAGCAUCGGCAAAAGGUGAAGGUCGAUAAAGGGGAACGAAGACCAAUAUUUCAGUCGUUGACGACUUGCCUCUAGGCAACAAUGCGAAAAG